UAUGCUCAAGAGUGCAUUGGGAAUCUCUUGGCGGUGCAUGCUGAGGUUCAUCGAAUAUGUCCAUGGCUUGUGGGAGAAGUACUGUCUCAAAUAGUUGGUACUGUCGGUGAGGAAUUAGCGCGUCUUAUGAGCUGUGUGAGUGAAUUUAAUGAACCUGGUACAAUUCAGGCAACCCUUGAUCUUACUGCGCUAAGGGACGCACUGCAAACUUUCAGCACGCCACAAUCAGAAUCAUUCUUCAAUGAAGCCAUGGAUGCCAUACCAAAAUUAAGUUCAAAAAAUUUACAAUUUGUUAAGCAAUUGUUGAAGACCAUUCGUUCUAGGAUGGCAUUGCAACUAACAUGCUUCGCUUCUCCCACGUGAUAAUUAUAAGUAUUUAUUGAUGUACAUAAAAAUAUUCAAAAGAUUGG